GGAUCUGAGAGGUCUUAUCCAACCUCAGCGAUUCUGUCAUUCUAUGAGAGGGUUGCACCUUCUCACCUGUGUUGUCAUAAGGAUGGCUUAUCUCCCACGCCUGAUAACACAGGUGACAAAGUGACACUGCACCCCGUACAAUGACAUAAAGAUGUGUGGGAUGUCCGCGUCCGCUGCUUCCAACCCACGAGCAGCACCCGUUAACUGCCACCAAGCCCGCCAUCAAGCUGAUGUGGUGUUAGCUAACAUGAGGGCAGAAAGCCAACAGCUUGCUGCAGCCAGGAGUCACCCAUUUGGUCCAAAGAGCAGAGAUUUGGUGCAGAACAGGCCCAAAGUCUCUACACAAUGUCCACUGACAGCUGUGGGAUUUGGUCCAAAGAGCAGAGAUUUGGUGCAGAACAGGCCCACACUCUCCACACGAAGCCCACCGGAGGUUGUGGGUCCAUUGGACGCCGGGUGCCGCCCUCCCGGCCUGCCCACUGAAGCACUGUGCUGGGCCGUCCUUGCAGAACUGCGCCUGGCCAACGGGCCCAGCCACUGCCAGGGCCGCGUGGAGAUCCUCUACAACGGCUCCUGGGGCACGGUGUGCGACGACGACUGGGACAUCGUAGACGCCAACGUGGUGUGUCGCCAGCUGGGCUGCGGCCACGCCAUCGCCCUGCCUGCACCCAUGACCUUCGGCCAGGGGAGCGGGCCCAUCUUCUUGGACAACGUGGACUGCAAGGGCCAGGAGGCGGCACUGAGCGAGUGCUGGAGCCACGGAUGGGGCAUCCACAACUGCUACCACUAUGAGGACGUGGCUGUCGUCUGCAAUGAGCUCUCCCCCACAUCAGCAAGCGAAGGACCGACCAGCAGGACUGCCACGGCCUCGGUGCAGAACGGGGAAGGUGAGCUGCUCGCGGCCUGUCCUGGCUGGGAGCUCUGCAAGGGGCGAGCAGAGAGCAGCACCCACAUCCUAUCACCUGUCACCCACCUCCCAUCACCCAUCCACCACCAUCACCCACCUACCACCAUCACCCACCUCCCAUCACCCACCUCCCAUCACCCACCUCCCAUCACCCACCGUCUCAGUGUUUCCCCUCCACCAAACAGCCCCGCUGGAUCCUCUUCCAGCCACUUGGGCAGUUUCUUCACCACCAUAAGCACGUCCAGAUCCCACCUCUGUGGGCUGGUGACCUUGAAGGGACAGCAAGACACUCGUCCCCCAUGCUGUCACCCUGCAGGUGACGGCCAGAUCCGGCUGGUGAGCGGGGCAGACGCCUGCCAGGGCCGCGUGGAGAUCUUCUACCAAGGGAGCUGGGGCACAGUGUGUGACGACGACUGGGGGCUGAGCGACGCCAGCGUGGUCUGCAAGCAGGUGGGCUGCGGCCAGGCUCUGGAGUACAAGAGCAACGCCUAUUUUGGCUACGGCACGGGGCACAUCCUGCUGGACAACGUCAACUGCGAGGGCAGCGAGCCCAUCCUCUCCGCCUGCUAUAGCCUCGGCUGGGGCAUCCACAACUGCGGCCACCACGAGGAUGCCGGGGUCAUCUGCAUGGGUAAUGGGGCACGAGGAUGGGACGUCCUUGCGUGGAAACAGCCUGCCUGGCCAGGACAGGAGGGUGGAAGCAGAGCCAGGGCUGGGCAUGCCACCAGGCUUACCCCCUCUCUGCAUUGCCCAUUUAUAUUGUUACUAAUUCCACUGAACUCCCUCCUUAUGUUGGAUAACGAGUGGAGCAGGAAACACGGGCUGUCUCCUGUGCUGGGGCUGGGUGGCAGUGCUCAGUGCCCAUCAGCUUCUCCCUGCCGGUCACCCCUGUCCUUCUGUGUCUCUGCAGGUCUGGACACAUCCACCAUCACAUCCUUCACCACCUCCAUGGCCCUGGACUAUGAAGAGAUGCUCACUGCCACAGCCACAGCAAUGACAGACGGCCACGAGCAGCCCUCGCCAGCAACCGAGGUGGUCACCACUGUGCUCAUCACUGCCGAGCUGGAAAGUGGCGGCGUGCGGUUGGCGAACGGCAACGGGAGCUGCCGCGGUCGGGUGGAGGUGCGGCACGGCGGGACGUGGGGCACGGUGUGCGACGACGACUGGGACUUCCCCGACGCGCAGGUGGUGUGCCGGCAGCUGGGCUGCGGGCCCGCCGUUUCCGCCACCGUCCUGGGUUCCUUCGGGUACGGCAGCGGGCCCGUGCUGCUGGAUAACGUGGGGUGCAACGGGCACGAGGCGCGCCUGGCCGACUGCUUCCACCUGGGCUGGGGGCAGCACAACUGCGGCCAUCACGAGGACGCGGGCGUCGUGUGCCGAGGUGCUGACGACUCAGGAGACCACUUCCAAGAAGCCACUGUUACCACCACCACCACAUUGGCCCCGACCCAUCUGGAGGACGGGUUCUUGCGUCUGGCGAACGGCAGCCACCGGUGCGAGGGCCGCGUGGAGAUGUUCUACCUGUCCCAGUGGGGCACGGUGUGCGACGACGCCUGGGACCUGCGGGAUGCCAAGGUGGUGUGCAGGCAGCUGGGCUGUGGGCACGCCGUGGCGGCGUGGGGGGAAGCGCGCUACGGCCCCGGCACCGGUUACAUCUUCCUCGACAACCUCAAGUGCAAGGGCAGCGAGCCCUCGCUGCUGCGCUGCUCCCACAUCCGCUGGGACGUCCACAACUGCGACCACUCGGAGGAUGCCGGCGUGGUCUGCAGCAUCCUAUGACCACCUGCCCGCGGGGACCCUCCUGGAGCACAUGGAAGCACCUGCGUGGCUCCUCUGCAGCGUGGGGUGCCCUGACCUGCAACGGGCUGCCCUGUUCUGCAAGGUUCUGUGAUGCAGCGCUCUCUGUUUCCACCCGAGCAGGAGAACCGAGGGUCCCGGGGUCCCCCUCUCCCCCCCCUCCCCGGUUGUUUCUACGUUUGUACAAUUCGUUUGUUAAUAAUAGGUUUCUUACAUGUUUUUUUGGGGGGUGUUGUUUUGUGAAUAAAUAAAACCCCCUUUCAGGUG